AUGUCUCAAUACAUAAAAGCUGUAAUCUUUCUAAAGGAUAUAGUUACGGAAUUCAAUAGAUAUCAUGAUGGAAUCCCAUUCACUCUGUAUGAGAACAAAGAACACCCUCAUGCCGACACUGGAAUGUAUCGUAUCUCACUUAGUAAAGACAGAACCUUCUUUAGCCAAGCAUUCCCACGUGAAGACUUUCCCUGCACAGAAAUACAUAUUAACAUUGGUAGAGGAUCUCAAAAGCUAUUCAAAAAUUUGGUGGCUCACUACUUCACAGGUGAUCAAGAUGAGAGAACCUUGAAGGAAAUACUCAGAAGAGUUCGUCACUCUGCUAUCGAUCAAGGAUACGAGGCCUACGUUAAGCUUGAAACUUGUGUAGUGAAGAGAGUGACUGGAAGCAGACCACAAGGACUAGGAAAUUUCGCAACAGGAAGAUCUAGUCCUACCGGUUACAGUGAACUACAUCUUUACCUCAGAUAG